GCAUUUGCUGAGUGAAAUGAUAAACAAAACAGCAGGUAGUUAAAUAAAUGGCAGAUUUUUGCAAAUCAACACGAAACUAAUUGUAAACUAAAAAAAGUAACAGAUGUCACUCCUUGAGCAAUAUGAGCAGCAGUACGCAGCACUCAUCGCUGAAAUAACUGCACAUAUUGGUCGGCUACAGCAAAAUGCAUCCGAACGCAGCGAACUGUGCAACAAAAUCGAUGCCAGCCUGUCAGAGGCACAGGAGCUGCUCGAACAGAUGGGCCUGGAGGUGCGAGAGCUAAAUGCAGCACAGCGCAGCAGCUUCAAUGGCAAACUGCAAGUGGCACAGGCGGAACUGAAGCGCCUGCAAGUGGAGUACAAACAAACAAAGGAGAAGUUGCGGGCACAGGCAAAUGGGUUUACCACGCUCGAUCUAAGUGACAGUGGGAGUUACUACGAGGAUGUAGGCAUUAGCAAUGAUCAAAGGCAACGAUUGCUGGACAAUUCCGAGCGCAUUGAACGCACUGGCAAUCGCUUGACGGAAGGCUAUCGCGUGGCUGUGGAAACGGAAGCUCUCGGCGCACAAGUCUUGAAUGAUUUGCAUCAUCAGCGCGAAACGCUGCAAGGCGCACGCGCUCGACUAAGGGAAACGAACGCCGACAUAGGACGCGCCUCCCGCACCCUCAACACAAUGAUGCUGCGCGCAUUGCGCGAAAAGGUCGUGCUGUACGGCGUGGGCGUUUGCUUUGUGGUUGCUGUCGGCGUGAGCCUCUAUUUAACAUUUGCCCCCAGCUCCUCCGCGGCCACGUCAUAGUUACGGGCUUGAGGAGCUCACUAAUACGAUUUUGGAUUAUAAAAAACGUUGGCGCAUUCCUUGUUGAGAUAAUUGUUUAUUUAUUAUUAGUUUUCAUUAAUUUCCAUCGCGAGUUAAUUUAUAUGUAUAUUGAAGAAACUCUAAACUCUAACGGCUAGCACAAGCCCUACUUGUCUACAAAGCUUAAUUAACUAUGACUUAUGCCCUAUUCAUACAUAUGAGUGUUAAUGUAUUUAAAUAGAACGUUGUUCGUUGGUUUUCGCGACUGGGCGCAUACAUAUUAACUAUAUCAAAAUAACUAUAACAUAUUCGGACGUUUUAGCUUUAAAUUCGAA